AUGCGGAGGGCUGGACUCCUGUUGUUGGCUGGCUUAGUGCUAAACUUGAGUAGAUUGUCGACUUGCCUGCUUAUUAAUUGGGACAGCGACAUUGUAGCCAGUAACCAGGAGUCCGAGUAUGCAGAGAGAGACGCCCUCAGCACGUAUUUUGGGGCCGACAAGGAAAAUCUCACCAUUUUCCCUUCGUACGAAGUCAUGAAGAAAAAGUAA